GUUUGGAUGGCAUUAACAGAUGGCGGUAUUUUCAGUCUAUAUAUCUGAAACCCACAAUGCAUUGAGCUACGGCAUGUGCCUUUCUGUGUCGGCCAUUUUGUAGUUUCCUUGCGAAAUUGUGUUGAGUUGAUUCUUCUCCUCGGGUGCGUGUUACACACAGCGGUGCGCCCGCGGUCCCUAGUUGGGAGAAGAACGAGUAAACGAAGCUGGCGAGAGCAGCUAUUGAUAAAGGCACAUGGAAUCCGGGAUUGUUUCGAAAUGAAUGGGUACGUGUACAUGAAUGGGGACAUUGGGAAGCUCCCACCAGGGGCGGGAUACCCAGCCACCCCUGAGUCCCUGGUUACAGUCAUUGGGACCACAGCAACGAGUAGUACAACUGGCCUAGACUACAGCGUCAUGAACGGCGGUACAAGUGCUGAAUUAAUGCUGGAUGCGGGUGCGAGCAGUCUCGAUCCGGCGCAGCAGCAGCAUCCCAUGACCAUGGGAGGGGCAGCUGUUUAUAGUCCGAUCGAUGUCACGUCUCUAGGGGAUGGACCCGGCUCCGUCGGAUCACUCGCGGACGUCGCUAUGCCCGGCAUACCCCUUGACCAAUUGAAACAGAUGCUCUCUUCGCAACUCGAAUACUAUUUCUCCAGAGAGAACCUAGCAAACGAUACAUAUUUAUUGUCUCAAAUGGAUAAUGAUCAGUAUGUACCGAUAUGGACAGUAGCAAAUUUUAACCAAGUUAAGAAGCUAACGAAAGAUAUCAAACUAAUAACGGAGGUACUAAGAGAGUCUCCCAAUGUGCAAGUUGACGAGGAAGGGCAAAAAGUAAGACCCAAUCAUAAACGGUGUAUUGUUAUUCUUCGUGAAAUACCAGACAACACUCCGUUGGACGACGUUAAGAAUUUAUUCUCAGGAGAAGGAUGUCCCAGGCUCAUUUCGUGUGAGUUUGCCCAUAAUAGCUCCUGGUACGUGACUUUUGAAUCUGACGAAGAUGCUCAAAAGGCUUAUAGGUUUCUACGUGAAGAAGUUCGAGAAUUUCAGGGAAAGCCAAUAAUGGCUCGUAUCAAAGCUAAACCAAUGAACAGGCUACCGAUCCCAGCGGUCGCUAGUGUUGGAGGUAUAAAAAAUGGAUAUCGAAAUCCUCCCCAACCUCCAGUCUACGACCCUGGCAACUACCCACCUGGCCAACAGCGCUUCAUGUAUACUCCAAACGGCACAACUAUGCCACAAACUACGAUGCCACCCUACGCAAACCAGGUUGUCUAUCACCAACCAUUUUACCCCGCUGGAAUGAUGUCUUGGGGACAUCCGAGUCCUGCAUAUUUUGACAUGUCAAGUGUAUUUACAAUGAACGGUAUCGCGCCGCACGGUUCGUUCAAACCACACAACACGAGAUUCACUCCUAGAAACAGAAAUAAACAAAGGAAUGGAUCGGAGAGGGGUGGUUCGAUGGACAGCGGAGGUGGCAUGGGGUCGAUGGGUCGAUCUUCUCAUCCUGCGUCAAGUGGUGCUCCGGUGGCUUCCGGAGCGAGUAUAUCCACGCCAUCGAGCUUGCCCACAUCGAAGCCAUCGUCGUCGUCAUCAUCUUCCUACCAGACCGGCACAAAGUUCCAUUCUUCCCACACAGCGACAGUCUCCGCAGACGCCCAGUUCAACAACAGCGGAGGCAGCAACACCUCGACCUCGGUCAGCCACCCAAAAGUGUCGAGCGAAAGUGUCGAGGCCCAGACAGCGGAGGCACCAGUUCAAUUUCCACGACAUCGCAUCCAUCGCAGACCCAAAGACCAGGAGGCGAUGUCGAAGGCGAACAGCAGCCCGCUUCCGCCCAUAAGAGAGUCCGGCCUGGCGAGCAGUUCGCAGCACAGCAGAGGCGUACAAUUCGACUUGGAGGCGGCAGCCUUCCCUCCGCUCCCAGGUCUGGAUGCCGACCCGGCAAAGUCGCACAACGCCUCGACGGAGGUCGCCCCUGCCGACAGUUUGCAAUCUCAUUGGGAGAACAGGCUCUCCGACGUAGUCAAGGGCACGGCGAAGCUGAAGAGCACAAAGGACAAGGAGCUGCCCGUGGGCAGUGCUCCGCAGCAUCACCAGCAGCAGCAGCAGACCAGCAAUAGCAGCAGGUCGGCGAGCCCCGGGUCGAGUACAGGAGGCCCGUCCGCUGCCCUCGAAGGUGUUUCAAAUCCUGGUGCCUCGUCGGCUGCCCCUGCCACCUCCACUGCCUCAAACUCCAAUUCCUCCGCUAGCAACACUGACUCUACAGACAUCGCUCUCAGCACCGUCACUCUAACUCCCCCAUCAUCUCCCGAUAAAUCUGUAAAGACUGAUGACUCGAAAAUGGUGAACGGCGUGGAUGAGGCUAUUAGUACAAAUACAAACGCGGCUGAAGAUGGCGAUCCGUCGAUCGGCUGCAGCUGCGAUAUCCCGACGACGAUGACGUCGACGACGACGACGACGACGACGCAACAAAAUUCUAUUACGCAAUCGGCGGGGACCGCGACCGCGACGACGUCGUCUGCCUCGACAUCUCCAUCGGACCUCACGAGGCCGAGUUAUGCUCAAGUAGCCCAACAUUGCCGCGAACCACGUUGUACAAAGCAUAAAACCGACGACAAAGAUGCUCCUGGAAAUAUUUAGAGCGGCUGGUGUACACACCGUGUGAGUAAAUACCUUGACGCAAACAAACACGCAAACAUAAACACAAACAAACAAACAAACAAAGAAACAAACACACACUCACACAAUUUGUUAUUUUAGAUUAAAAUUUAUCCUAUAAGAACAAUGUUUGAGGGUAUCGGUCGCCAAAAGUUUCGCCGCACGAUGAUGUGGCUGCUUUUGCGGAUUUUUUAUUUUCGAAAAUCGAUACUUUUUACCGAAUUUGUCCGCCGUCUGUGAGCGACGAAGUGAGCCGGACGCCGGGCAAAGUUGAGAAUAGGAUGAAAAGUAUGAGGAGAAAUAUAUAAACAUAGGGAAAAAGGAACCCUUUUUACAUAAUGUACAGUGUGACUUCGCCUGCGAUUAUUGGUGGCAUCGACGUAUUAAAGAAUGAAGUGAAACUCGUUUAAACCGAGAGACAAAAUUUGUAUUACGAACGUUAAGAGAAUCGUUGAAACGACAAAUGAAGAAACGCCAAACGAAACAGACGAGAGAAGAUAAACGAUGGACACGUGUUCGAAGAAACGGUCAUUUCUCGCCCCUACGUACGAUUAGGUUGAACGCAAAAAAACGAGAGAAAAGAAACGAAGCGAAACGAAAGCAUAGAUAGUGAGGAGACUUCGGAAGGAAUGGAAAGAAAAAGAACAACUCCAGUUUGGAAAAAUAGCGUGUCGUUGAUGAGGAUACUUUUUUUGGUUCUGUGAUUUCGGAGGUACAUACAUAUAUUUACUAUUAGGUUGUACAAAAUUUUAUUCAACACGCGAGAUUUGUUUCGUUCUGGAAUAAUCAAUUUUAUUCCCCUGUACUUCGUAUUUUGAUUGUUUUCUCAUUUUUUUUUUCUUCUCUCUUUUUUUGUUUUCUUUCUUGUGUUUUUCCCCCUCCUCCUCCUCUGCUCUAUCCGGAGCCGUAACUGGAAAAAUCUUCAACCCGUUUGUGCCAAAAUCCCCGAUACCGAUCGCUCCGUUACGUGUGGAUUUCUGUGAAUUGAAAGAAAAAAAAAAACGAGAAACUUGAAACAAGAAAAAUAGAAAAAUGAUAACAACGUUCAAGUUUUUCAUAUUUCCAUUCAUAAUUUCGUGCGAAUUCGAUGAAAAAGCAAAACAAACAAAUAUAUUUUACCCCUACGUCACGGUGCUCGAUGUUUUUUUUUCUCUAUGUAUUUUUUUUUUUUUUUUGUUUUUAUUUUUCGUUUUUGUCUUCGUUUUAUUCGGAUCAAAAAUUCGGUUUACGAGCAAUAAUUUAAUAAGUUGCUAAUUAUUAUUGUUGUUAUUAUUUUUUUUCCCUCUCUAUUUACAGUCUUGUCGCAAUUGUCCGAUCAAUCCCCCCCCCCCUCCCCCAUCCCCCCGAUGAAUCGUUGAUUACUACGAAUGAAAAAUGAUUUCACACUUUUCCAGAAUAUCGACAGAAACAAAACCAAAAAGAAAAACACGAAAUUCUAUCGAUUUCUUCUUUUUUUUUUUUUAUAUAUAUUAUUCAAUUAAAAAUGUUCGUCCGACGAUCUCUAUCGGAAAGAAAGAAAGAAGAAAGAAAGAAAGAAAGAAAGGAAAAAAAUGAAAAGAACAAAAACAAAAACAAAAAAAAAGAAUGAAAUUUUCAACAACACCGUUAAUAUACAUACAUAUAAGAAAUAACAAUAUCCCCCGAUGAUCUAGAAUUAUGGCUUUAGCGAGUAAUAAUGAAGAAAAUAAUAAAGAAUAAUAACGAUAAUGAUAAUGAUAACGAUAACAAUAAUAUUAAUAAUAAUAAAUAUAAUAAAUAACAAUAAUAAUAACAAUGAAAAUAAAAUACAGAUGUCACGAAAAUGGUAUUUGAGCACAGAAAUAAGUGCCUCAAGUGUUGUGUAUAUUACAGGAGCUUGGCUUUAGAUGUUAUAUAAUUAUAUAUGUAACUACAUAUUAUACAUAAUAGUUAAGUGCGCAUAUGAUAUAUUUGUUACUGAUAUGCAUGCAGAAUUAAAAGGUAAUGGAUGCUGAAGAAAAAAAAAAAAAGAAACUGAAAAACUAAAAGAGAGAGAAAGAGAGAGAGAGAUAGAGAGAGAGAGAAAAGUAAAAUAAAAUAAAAACAAAAUAACAGACAAACAAAA